AUGGAUUUCAAACAAAUUUCGUUGGUGUGCGUUAUAGUAUCAUGCAUAUACGUUACAUCUGCUCAAAACGGCAGAAGUACUGCAAAGAUCCUGCCGACAAAAUUUACAUGUCAGGGCCGCGCUGCCGGCUACUAUGCUGAUAUGGACACAGGUUGCCAGGUGUACCACAUGUGCGACGGCCUGGGCCGUCAGUUCAGCUACUCGUGCCCCAACACUACGCUGUUCCAGCAGCGCAUGCUGGUGUGCGAUCACUGGUACAUGGUCAACUGCUCCAAGUCGGAAAGUGACUACGACGCCAACUUGCUCAUUGGGCAACGUGACAAGCCAUUUGUGUCGGAUGAGGACAUGCGGUUCCGGACACCACGCCCUGAUAUUUUAUCGGUGCCCCCCAACAGCAACUAUUACGAAGGACUUAAAGAGGCGGAGACAAAGUAUCCUGUACACCCAGGGAACAGCAUUGUGGGAAUCGCGGAUUCUAUAUCGGAUGCAAACAACAACGAUCUGGACAGCGCCAAACAACAUUUCCGAUCACCGACGUCCUGGUCGACUAGAAAUGGAGGCAAAAAUACUGCUCAUAACUUUAUUAAUAAAAGUAAUGGUUCCAAUAGUAAAAGCAAUAGAGACAAUACUGAACAGGUUUCUCAAAGGACUGAACCAACAUUUGUGCGAACACCUGACAACAAUAUCAAUCAAGUUAAAAUCCCCCCUCCUUCUAGAGAACUCAGGCCACCGAUCCCUCCACCGACUACUGAACAUGAUACUGAGGGCUUGGGUCGCGAUGUCAGAGGUAGAGCAAUCACAGAAGACCCCGUAUUCAAUUUCAUAAAACGCUUCGACCCAAACACACCAGAUGCCCAUAAGACUUCAAUGACCAAAACGGAAAUUAUAGAAAUCAAUAAAGAAUUACCUGCCGGCCAAGUCAGUUCGGAAGAAGAACGUACUCCGCGCAAGAAUAAAAACUUCGGUGACACAAUCAACAAAGUCCCUAUCGACAAAAAGAAAGGCGAUACAGAAAACAAAAGAUUUGACUCAAUAAAUGUAAAGUCAGGCAAAACUACCGAAGUGUCAAGUACAGUUGGCGCUACAGACAACAGUCGAAUACCAGUGCCUGAUAAACACUUGCUGCCUCCAAAGCUCGAAUAUUCACAAAUACCCUCAACAACGAUGGGCCCGCCGAUAUACUACGAAUGGAAAUGGGCUGUGCCCGCAUUCGAUCUAGAGCCACCAAAAGCAAGCAACGCCACUAAUUCCACGGGGGCACCUAACAAAAGAACUGCACACGGAAAGCGACCUUUCAGUGACGUCACACCACGCACGACAACAUUACCCAACACUCCAGCUCCUCUAAACACUGAAUACAACAUCAGCUCCUACUUUGUCCCUGACUAUAUCUUUCCAUUAGAUAAACCGCAUCCAGGUUACGAAGACGAUAACGCCGAAACUUCUUUCCACGUCAAAGUAUCAAAACCCGGAAGUGUAAGUUACGGCGAAAACGAGGAAUGCCCUCAAUGUCAUCCAGCGUACCUUAUUCCUGGUACUUGCGAGCCGUGUAUUGUGAAACGGUAA